AGGAAUCAAGAGCUUGGCUCCCGUUCUCUUCUAUUCCUCUCUGCACCAUGAGGGGAAAUCAAUUGCCCAAGUCACUCUUAAUUCUACUUUUCCUGCUUCUUCUCAGAGAUGCUUUGGCUACUACAAAACCGCAGUACAUGGUUCUGGUCCCAUUAGAGCUCUAUGCUCGAGUUCCUGAAAAGGCCUGUGUUAUCCUUAAUCACUUGAAUGAGACAGUGACACUGAGUAUGGAUCUGGAGUAUGGAACACAGAGCAGGAACCUCCUCACGGACCUGGUGGCAGACAGGGACUCAUUCCAAUGCAGCCCUUUCAUUAUUCCAGAGUUGUCGUCUUCCAUAGCAUUCAUUACUGUGCAGAUAAAUGGUACAACCCAGCAUUUCAAAAAAAGGGAGCCAAUACACAUAAUCAAAGUCGAGAACCUGGUCUUUGUCCAGACAGACAAACCUGUAUACAAGCCAGGACAAACAGUGAGAUUUCGCAUUGUCUCCGUGGAUAUCAAUUUUCACCCGUUCAAUGAAACAUUCCCAGUCAUUUAUAUUGAGAAUCCCAAGAAGAACCGAAUUUUCCAAUGGCAAAGUCUCAAGCUCCAAGGGGGACUCAGUCAGCUCUCCUUCCCACUAUCAGUGGAGCCCAUCCUCGGUCCCUACAAGAUCACACUGUUGAAGGAGUCUGGGAAAAGAAUAGAGCAUUUCUUUGAGGUGAAAGAAUAUGUUUUACCCAAAUUCGAGGUCCAAGUAAAAAUGCCCAAGACUAUUUCUUUUCUAGAUGAAGAACUUGAGGUAUCCGUCUGUGGCUUAUACACAUAUGGAAAACCUGUCCCUGGUUUGGUGACAAUUAAUGUAUGCAGAAAGUAUUCCCGACACCUUUCCGCCUGCCAUACCAAAUAUUCACGAGAUACCUGUGAAGAAUUCAGCCAACAGGCAGACAAAAAAGGAUGUUUCACACAACUGGUAAAAACUAAAGUGUUUCAGCCGAGACGAAGGGGUUAUGACAUGAAAAUACAAGUAGAAGCCACGAUCAGAGAGGAGGGAACAGGAUUAGAAUUAACUGGUUAUGAAUCAUGUGAAAUCACAAAUGAAUUGAGUAAACUGAAAUUUACUAAAGCAGAUUCACAUUACAGAACAGGACUCCCCUUUUUUGGGCAGGUUCUUCUAGUUGAUGAGAAGGGUCAGCCAAUCCCCAAUCAAAACUUAACUGUCCGUGCGAAUGGCGUCACCUUCCAAUCCGGUUUUACUACAAAUGAGCAUGGUUUGGCCAACAUUUCCUUCGACACCACCAGCUUCAAAGCAGCUUCCAUUGCCAUCACCGUUAUUUAUAAACUGACUAGUAACUGUUUUGAUGAUUGGUGGAUCAUGGAAGUUCAUGCAGAAGCACAGCACACUGCAAGUCUUGUGUUUUCCCCAAGCAAAAGUUAUGUUCACCUAGAACUUGUUGCUGGUACUUUGAUGUGUGGACAAAUCCAAGAGAUUAGAACACACUACAUUUUAAAUGAACAGAUCCUGAAGGAUGAAAAAGAAUUAACCUUCUAUUAUUUGAUCAAAGCAAAAGGAAGCAUCUCCAGAUCAGGAAUCCAUGUAUUGUCCAUUGAACAAGGAAACAUGAAAGGGACAUUUUCCUUCUCCUUUCAAGUGGAAGUAGACAUUGCUCCUACUGCUCAGAUACUUCUUUACACCAUUUUACCUAAUGGAGAAAUCAUUGCAGACACUCAGAAACUUGAAAUUGAAAACUGUUUAGCAAACAAGGUAAAUUUAAGUUUCUCAUCAGCCCAGGGCCUGCCUGCCUCAGACACUUACCUGAAGGUCACAGCCACGCCCUUCUCCCUCUGCGCUCUCAGGGCUGUAGACCACAGUGUACUGCUAAUGAAACCUGAAGCUGAGCUUUCACCUCAAUCGGUCUAUAAUUUGCUACCAAUAAAGAGUGUGCUUAGUGUUAUAUACCCGGAAAACACAGAGGAUGAAGAAUGUAUCAAUGCAAAAGACAUCAUUCUCAACGGAAUCGAAUACACACCAAAGAAGCAGGUCCUGCAGGGUACUGAUGUUUACACAAUUUUUAAGUCUGUAGGAUUAAAUAUUUUUACCAACUCAAAAAUCCGUAAGCCACAUUUUUGUUCACCUCCUCCUCAUCCAUAUGCACCAAUGCCUUUGUUCUAUGAAAGAGCAGAACCACAAGCCUUACCUGUUGGAAAUCGAGGUUCUUCUGGGAUGGUUUCCCCAAUGACAGUGAGGACAGACACUCCGACUAUGCAAGUGAAAGAGACAAUCCGGAAGUAUUUCCCUGAGACCUGGAUCUGGGACCUGGUGGUCCUCGACUUGUCAGGGCACAGCGAGUUGGCCAUGAAGGUCCCUGACUCCAUCACAGAGUGGAAGGCCGGUGCACUCUGCUUGUCUGGAACCACAGGGCUUGGCCUCUCCAAAACGGUCUCUUUUCAAGUCUUCCAGCCCUUCUUCCUGGACCUCACUCUCCCCUACUCUGUGGUACGAGGAGAAGCCUUCACCCUCAAAGCCACUGUGUCCAACUAUUUACCCCACUGCAUCCAGGUCAAAGUGCAGCUGGAGGUCUCUUCUUCUUUCCUGGCCACACCAAUAGAGGAUAAUGAAGAAUCUCACUGUGUCUGUGAAAAUGGGCAGAAAACCGUGUCUUGGGCUGUGACCCCAAAGUCACUGGGAAGGGUGAAUUUUACAGCUACUGCAGAUGCCCUGCAGUCUCAGGAACCAUGUGGCAAUGAGGUGACUGAAUUCCCAGCUCUUGUACAGAAGGACACUGUGGUAAAGUCCUUAAUAGUUGAGCCUGAAGGAAUAGAAAAGGAGGAAACUUACAAUACACUGUUCUGUGCAUCAGAUACCGGAGUGUCUGAAAAGCUGUCACUGAGAGUUCCUUCAAAUGUAGUUGCAGGAUCUGCCAGGGCAACAUAUUCAGUUUUGGGAGAUAUACUAGGCUCUGCAAUGCACAACCUACAGAAUCUUCUACAGAUGCCCUAUGGCUGUGGAGAACAGAAUAUGGUUCUUUUUGUCCCUAACAUCUAUGUUCUGAAUUAUCUCAAUGAGACACAACAGCUGACAGAGAAGAUCAAGUCCAAAGCCAUUGGCUAUCUUGUCGGUGGGUAUCAAAGGCAGUUGAAUUAUAAGCACAGAGAUGGUUCAUACAGCACCUUUGGGGAGCAAGAUGGUAGAGGGCAGGGAAACACUUGGCUCACUGCAUUUGUGCUCAAGUCCUUCGCUCAAGCUCAGUCAUAUAUCUUUGUGGAGAACUCACACAUCACAGAUGCUUUCACCUGGCUCUCACAGAAACAAAAGGAAAAUGGCUGUUUCCAACUCUCCGGAUCACUGCUGAACAAUGCAAUAAAGGGUGGGGUAGAUGAUGAGGUGACACUCUCUGCCUAUAUCACCAUUGCUCUACUGGAGAUGCCACUGCCUGCCACUCAUAAUGUUGUCCGAAAUGCUCUGUUCUGCCUGGAAACGGCCUGGGGCUCCAUUUCAGAGACCCAAGGAAUUCAUGUCUAUACCAAGGCAUUAUUGGCCUAUGCUUUUGCCCUGGCAGGAAAACAGGCCAGGCGAAGUGAGCUGCUUGAAUCUCUAGGCAGAGAGGCUGUGAGAGAAGGGGAUUCAAUGCACUGGCAACGUCCUGGGAACGUCCAAGAAGCUAAGACACUCUAUCAACCCAGAGCUCCUUCUGCUGAGGUGGAGAUGACGUCAUAUGUUCUCCUUGCUUACCUCACCACCUGGCCCACCCCAUCUUCAGAGGACCUGUCUGUGGCAUCACGUAUUGUGAAAUGGAUCAUCAAGCAGCAAAACCCCUUUGGAGGAUUCUCUUCCACUCAGGAUACAGUAGUAGCUCUCCAAGCCCUCUCCAAAUAUGGAGCAGCAACUUUCACCAAAAGUAAGAAGGCAGCUUUGGUCACUAUCAAAUCUUCUAAGACAUUCUCUGAAGUAUUCCAAGUAGAUGAUACCAAUCGCCUGCUGCUUCAGGAGGUCAUGCUGCCUGAGAUUCCAGGGAAUUACAGCACCACAGUGUCGGGGUCAGGAUGUGUGUACCUCCAGACAUCAUUAAGAUAUAACAUCGCUCCCAAGAAAGAAGGGAAAGCUCCAUUCGCUCUGCAGGUUGAUUCUCAUCCCAAAAAUUGUGAUGGAGUAGAUGCUCACAGGAAAUUCCAGAUUCAUGUCAACAUUAGUUAUACUGGUGAAAGACCCAGUUCCAACAUGGUUAUUGUGGAUGUGAAGAUGAUAUCAGGCUUCAUACCUGUGAAACCAUCAGUGAAAAAGCUCCAAGAAAAGCCUGAGAUUCAGAGGACUGAAGUGAGCACCAAUCAUGUUCUAAUCUACUUUAAGAAGCUAACCAAUCAAGUCCUGAGUUUCUCCUUCUUGGUGGAACAAGACAUCCAAGUAGAGAAUUUAAAACCAGCUGUAGUAAAAGCCUAUGAUUACUAUGAGACAGAUGAAUUCACAAUUGAAGAAUACAGUGCUCCUUGCAGUGCUGGUACAGUGUAAAUAGUAAAACCCAGUGCCGAUUUAAAGAAAAUGAACAGGCAUCUCAGUUCUCCACGAAAGGCUGCUGCCUAAGAUCAGUGUGUCAUUUCCAUAUUAUAAAAUCCUAUGUAUCUUUAUGAAUUGAACUAAACCAUAUGUAUUAUAGAAUUUCUCAAUAAUAAAGUUCAAGUAAAAUAUAA